AUGAAGAUCAUAAAUACAAAUGUAAUAAGAUAUGGUAAGGAAGUAAGAGUCCUCGAGCCAUAGCAAAUUAUUGAUAUGAUACCAUUCGGGAGAUAUUAAAUCUUCUUGGCUGCUCUUUAUUUUUUCAAUUUCAUAACAAACUCGUUCCUCUGUUAUAACUAUUCAUAUUUGCUAAUCUUGCCUCAAUACAAAUGCCUUAAUUAAACGACUAAAUUAUUUGAGGAUUGUGAGAAUGAAUUUGUUUGCUAGACAUUAAAUUAGGAAUAGAGAGGAGAGCUCUGGUAUGUGGACUACCAGGACAUUUUAAGCAUGAAUAAUUGGAUUGAUAGGCUUUCAAUGCAUUGCAGUGAAGGAUACUUGAUAGGGCUUUUUGGAUCAAUGGAAUUCAUAGGAGCAGCCAUUGCUGCUUUGAUAUUCCCACCUAUAGCAGAUACUUAUGGAGGAAAGUACUUCUCAUACACAGCAAUGUGGUUGACUGUUUUAGUGAUGCUGACACUAAUGAUAGUUAAAAACCACUAUAUCUAUUAUGCCGCUUUGACUUUAAAUGGAGUAUGCAUAGGUUUGAAGUAGUUUAUUUUCUACACCCACAUAAUGGAAUUUAUGGGACCUAAGACAAAUUUUAUCAGUGGAUUUUCCUUCUUCUUUGAUGGAGGAGUCUUUACUGUAUCGCCUCUCAUAUUAUACUUUAUUACUAGGAAUACCUAAACUUUUGUAUACAUCGGACUAGCAUUAAGUGUUAUCACUAUUUUUUUCUCGCAUACUUUUCUUAAGAUUCCAGAAUCAAUCAAGUUUAAUCUGAUCAAGGGUAACUUUGCAGAAUUAAAUGAGGAUAUUAGAAAUAUAAUGAAUUUCAACAAUACACCUGAGGAUGUGCAAAGAGAUGUAAUGCUAAAACUCAAAGCAUAUGAAGAUUAAGAAAUAGCAGCUAAAUAAAAAUAGAUUACUAGCAUUCGAAGCUAGCUUGUCUUAGGCACUCAAGUUAAAAUUAACAAAAACAAUUAGAGUCUAUUUUAAGUGCUGAUUAACACAAAAGAUGCAGUUUAUAAUUUGGUAAUGAUUAAUUUCGGCUGGAUCACUGCUACUUUUGUUUUCUUUUUGCUUGACUUUUUUGUUAAGUAUUUACCUGGUAACAUAUAUGUAAAUCAGCUAGUAGCAUCGAUGUCAAUGUUUGGCUAUCUUAUUUCUGAUCCUAUUAUGUACAUUGCUUGCCCCUUUAUUAGCAGAAGUGCAUAACAGACUAAUACCUAUGUAUGUGAUGAUAAUUUAAUGUGUCGCUGCGAUUAUAAGCACGAUAAUAAUUAAGAGUUUACUGACAUUCAGAAAUAAUAUACAAUCAAUCUAAUAAAGAACUGCUAGAUUGAGGCAGACGAGCUCAAUAUCGUUUAAGAGGUGCUAAUAAAUAAAGUUUUAGACUAUGUAAUUCAGACAGUGGGAGUUCAAGAAUCUGUCUAAUUAAUUUAAAAUAAGUAUUCCAAUAACUAAGAUAUAUGCCAAGGUUCCUAUUCUCUAUUUCUAAACAUUGACAAAUAUGUUCAAAAUUCAAAUGAACAACAUGAUCUUAUUUCUUGUUUAGUAAAAUAUCAGACUCUUAUCAAGGAAUAAUUAGAUAUUGCAUUAGCAUAAUUCAAACAAUUCGAAGAUAGGUUACGCAAUUUAGGUUCUAAACUUAGAGCACCUAAUCAAUUAUAAAACUUCAGUGAUUCCUUAGGGGAUCUCAAACAAGUUUAGAGGAAGCUAAAAACUAACCUAUGUGCUUUAAUAAUUGACAAUUUAUUCAAUAGAUCACAAUUACUUGAAAAUAUUUUAGGAUCUGGGUUUCAAUUAAAAAUAUUACAAGCUGCGAUCUCUUACAAGCCUUACAAUAUAAGAACUAUUAGAGGAACUUGGUGA